UUUAACGAUACCGAAAAAGAAUUCAUCAAAGAAACAAUAAUUAAACAAGCUGUAGAGCAAGUGACAAUGGUAUCAAAACAUAUGAAAGAAAGUAAAAGUACUGGAUUCUCUGCAGUUCUUAAAAUCACUAUUCAAAGGUACUUUUCACUACCAAAACACAAAGAACCACUCCCAGAUGUUGUAGAGUGUCCUGCAUUAUGUGAGCUUUCGUACUCACAUACUCAUUUGCUUGAUAAUAUUGCUGUUAAAAAUUUCAAACCAUUAUCAAAGCUAACACAAAAGCAUCUGAUAGAGUUAUUUGAAUUAGGACACACAGCAGCUUCUGCAAGACAGAUGUUGCAAAUGGAAUUAGAGCUUCAGAAUAAUGAAGAUUAUGAAGAAGCAUGUAUGGACAGUUCUAAGCUACCAGCUACCCUCAAUAUCUGUAAAUCACUUGCUGAAUAUCAAAUUUAGGAAAAUCUAUGGGUCACGAAAAGAAAGUGAUAUCAUCAGUGAAAUUUAAAAAUAUAUUUCUUCUUACAAUCAACAACCAUUCUAUAAAGCUGCUUUUUUAAAAGAAAAGAGCAUUUUGGAGAUUGCUAUAGUGAUUCCAAUAAUGAAGUGAAGUAUAGAUUUACUUAGCAAUGUUCAAGAAUUAAUAAUGGUUGAUGUAUCUGGCCACUGAUUAAAUCAUCAUGUUUAUUUUUUAUUUCUCCAGGUGUAGCUGGAGGAGUACCUAUUGGUGCAUCAUCACAAAUGCAGAAGAAACUAAUGUUUCUCGUGAAGGAGUGAAACUUCUUUGUGACUGUUUCCCUGAAAAAUAUUGUUUAUUGCAAAAUGGUCAACUGAUUGUAAUGACAGAUGCUGAUCUAAAAGAAAGAGAAGUUCUGAGUGAAAUAUGGCCUAAUUCCACUUACUUACUCGUCAGUUUCAUGUGCUGAAAGCAGUGUGGCAAUGGCUUAUGAACAGUGAACAUAAAAUUCUAAAAGAGCACUGUCAAGAAUUAUAUAUUUCUUUUAAAACAUUUAUGUAUGCAGAAAUGGAAAUGCAGCUGAAAGAGUUGCUUCAAAAUAUGUUGGAGAAUAGCACUGUCAGGAAAUAUGACAAGUUUACCAUAUGUUUGAGAAAGUUGUUCUCCAAAAAGCAAUUAUGGUGCACUUGUCGUAGAAAAAUGCUCUUUACCUGGGGAGACAAUGCAACAAACUAUGUUGAAAGUUUGUUGAAAGUUUGUUUAAAGUUUUAAAAGAGACCAUACUUAGGCAAGUAAAAGCAUUUUGCUAAUUUCAGCUAUUGGACUUCAUCACAAAGUUUGAGAAAUAUCUACAUUGUAGUUAUUUAGAUUUUAGUUGUGGGCAUUCUUUCAAAAAGACUAGUACAAAAUUUUUUGUCUAAUUAUAAAGGGAUUCAGAACAUCAUAUCACUAAAUAAGGACAACGCUUAUUUUGAAAUUGAUCACUAUUUUGUUGAUUUGGAAAGUUCCAUUUGUACUUGCUUUGUUGGUAUGAAUGGAAAGUUUUGCAAGCAUUUAAGUGCUGUGAUUCUAAAGCAAAAUAAACAAUCAACAUUUGUCUAUUCACUAAAAAGUAGGAAAUUAAUGUAUAAAGUGGCUACUGGGAAAAAAAUUGGAUUCAAAUAGUACUUGCUACCUUUAAGUUUUAACCCAUCACACAAUGCAGCUUUCCUUCUUUCUCAGUCUAAUGAUGCUCUGCAUCUACAGAUUUCUUCUACGACACCUUUACAUUCUUCUAACGAUAUACUUUCCCAAUCUGAUAAUAAUGCACUUCCAAAUUCUUCAAAUGACACACUUUCACCUACGGAUAUUAACAAAUUUUCAAAGCCUUGCAAUGAUAGCAAGAUGGUUCUACCAGCUAUUAACACUACUUCACAGCCCACAGCUUAUCAAAAUUCAGACAAUGAAACAGAUAAAAAUGAGGAUUACUUACAAAAAUUUGAUGAUAUAAUUAAUCGGAUUAAAUCCGAGCACAAAAACAAUCCCGAUAUUUUUAAGCCAGCAAUAAAAAAAAUAAAAAAAUGGUGAAGAAUGUAAACAAGUUUGGAAAAACGAAACUGGAUUGAUGUCUGCCUUGCAUAACUUUGGAAGGUACUUGUAAUGGCUCACCACUAGAGCAGAAAAACUGCCAACGUGACGAGAAGAAGAGAAACCAGUUCCAGCAGAGAUAAGGGGAAGAACAUGACCUUCGACCCUUCACUUGAUCUGUGGAAAGCAAGCAGUGAGCGACUUUCUCCAUCCCGAUAGUACUUUUUUAAACUUGUUUUUGUAAGCUUGUUAAGUUUGCAUUAGAAAAUUCACAAGAUAGAAAAUAAGAUUUAAUGUAUGGCAGUUUAAUGUUUAUAUUAUAUUGUUGCAAAUUAAUUUUUUUUUUUUUUUUUUUUUAAAGACGAAACGUUUUUUUAUCCAGUUUUGAAGUCUGUUUAGCUAUAGAUUUCUUAAUUGUUUGAUGCUUUACUUUUAAUUUUUAUUGCUGCAAAAAUUGAAACUGAAAGAGUGAUAAAUUUACUACAAUAUACAUUCAGUACAUGAAUUUAAAAAUAUAUUGUUAAAAUUUUAGCUAAACAGUGGUUGGGUUUCUAUUAAGUUUAUUUUAAUUUUCUUUAAAGUAUAGCUAAUGCUAUAUUCUGUGGGUUAAUACUAAUAACUUAUCAUUUUUUACACCACAUUUAAAGAGUUUAAUGAAAGAAAGUGUCAAAUCGCAGUUUGGAAACUUAUGCAUUCAUCUUUAAUAAUAUGGUAGGAUCUAUUCUAUAGAAAAUUUAAGAAGAUAGUUUCAAUAUGAAAAGUCUUGUAAGUGGCUUUCUUGUAAUUUUAUACAUUCUAAACCUAAAUUUCUUUAAUUCAUUAAAAUGUCAUUUAGCGCUUUCUUCCACUAACCUCUUCAACUGUAUGAUGAAAGUUGGAAGAAAUUUACUUAGAUUUCUUCUUUUAUUUUUCUCUCCUUUUAGAAAUCUUAACUACUCAAGCAGAGUUCUGAAGUGCAGCAGAAGGAGAGGCAAUGAAAUACCUGUCCAACCUAAAGCAAUUGCAAGAAGAAAAUCAAUUUAUUGUGAAAGGGAAGUCAAGAUGAUGGAAGACCAGUUAAGCGAGCAUUACCACCUGCCCUAAAAGAACAUGCAGAUGUAAUUUUCUCUGAGUUACCUAAAAAACAUCCAAAAAACAAAGCAUAGUUUGACAUAUUGUGUUGAAAACAAUGUAUCUUUUCCAAGUUAAUUAAUAAUUUUAUUUAAUUUAUACUUAUUAUAUUUCUAUCAUGUUUUAAAAAUGUGCUAGAACAUUCUAACAGGAUUUGUAUAGUGUUAAA